AUGAAGAGAAACAUGAUAGAAAAUGUACCUCUUGACGUCAUAGUUGAGAUCUUGAUACGCCUCCCCGCAAGGACUCUCCUGCGAUUCAAACGAGUCUGCAAUUCAUGGCGCUCUCUAAUCUCCGACCCUUUUUUCAUCGACUUCCACCUAAAAUUCUCGUCUUCAACUCCUGAUACACUCAUAAUGAAGAAGAACAGGAAGAGAAAGAAAAAGAAGAACAUCAAUGGGAUCGAAGAGUCAUUUUUCUUCGCCGCAAAUCCCAGUUGGAGAGAAAAAUUCUGCUUCCUCUGCAACCACGGACCCUCCCAAAUCGACUUCCCUUCCCGCGAGGCGAACUCUUCCGUAUCGUUCCAACUGGUAUCCUCCUGCAAUGGCCUCGUCUCUUUGUGGUACCCAGCUGACCUCCACCAGCCCGUAUCCCUCUGGAACCCUUCCACCAUGGAAACCCAUAUCCUCCCCUUCUCCGGCGUUGCCAAUUUCUGCCCCGUCCAGGUUGGCUUCGGCUUCCACCGGUUGGCUGCCGGCCCCGGCGAUUACAAAGUGGUGAUAAUCUCCUUGUCCAACGAAUUAAACCCCUUGGUGAAAUUCAAUACCCUAGUUUACAGCCUGAGGAUGGAUUCAUGGAAACAGAUCGAUAACAGCAAUUUGCCUCAAAAUAUGGUUCCGGGUUAUUACAGCGAGCAAGUUUGGCUCAACGGGUCCGUUCAUUGGCUCACCAACCACAGCGGCGACCGGGGCCGCUACGUCUCUGUAUUGUCGUUUAACAUGGCGGACGAAACGUUUCGGGAGAUGAGUCUGCCGCAGAACAUCUUUUCCAAGGAGAAGCUGAUGGGGGCUGCGGAGGGACGCCUCUGCGUUGUAGCUUACAACUUCUAUGCGACGAAGGAUGUUGAGGUGUGGGUCAUGAAAGAGUACGGCGUGGGCGAGUUCUGGACUAAACUGUUCGUGAUUUCACCGCCGGAGAGAUGGGGGGCGGACGGGAAUGUUCUGAGGCCGGUGGGAGUGACGAGAAGCGGGCAGGUGGUGCUGAAGCGGAGGAAGAAGGGGAGAUUGGUAUUGAUUUCAUACGAUCCGAAGAGGAAGGUGUUCGAGGGUUUUGGGAAUUGGGUUUUUGGAAGUGAUACGGCUGAGAGCAUAGAGAGUUUGGUCAGCGUCACGGCGAGUCUGGUUUCGGUUGCUCCUGGUAGUUUAUAUAGUUAA